AGGGGCUCGGGGGGCUCCGGCCACCUCCCGGCCUCCUCGGAGCCAUGGCCAAGCCCGGCGCCGACCUCACCCGCGAGCUGCAAGACAGCAUCCGGAGAUGCCUGAGCCAGGGAGCCUUGCAACAGCAGCAUCGGGUGAAACUGGAGACCAAACCUAAGAAGUUUGAGGAGAGGGUCCUGGUCCUGACUUCCUGGCGCCUUCAUCUCUUCCCCCUGAAAAUCCCGGCCAAGGUGGAGAGCUCCUUCAACGUCUUAGAGAUCCGGGCCUUCAGCACUCUGAUCCAGAACCAGAUCCUGGUGGAGACGGAGCGUGGGUCAGUGAGCCUGUGGCUGCCCACGGCCGAGAGCGUGGAGCAGGUGACCCGCCACGUCAGUGCCGCCCUCGCCAAGGUCCGCCCCGGCCCGGGGUGUCUGAUCCGGCGGGGAAACCCGGACACUCCGGAGGGGCCCCGGGACACGUCCCCCAACUCGGAAACGUCCACGUCCACCACUCACAGCGUCUGCGGCGGCUUCUCGGAGACGUACGCCGCCCUGUGUGACUACAAUGGACUGUGCUGCCGGGAGGAAGUGCAGUGGGAUGUGGACACCAUCUAUCACGCGGAGGACAACCGCGAGUUCAACCUGCUGGACUUCAGCCACCUGGAGAGCCGAGACCUGGCUCUCAUGGUGGCCGCUCUGGCCUACAACCAGUGGUUCACCAAGCUGUCCUGCAGAGACCUGCGGCUGGGCUCGGAGGUGUUAGACCAGGUGUUGCACACGCUCAGCAAGUCCGGGAGUCUGGAGGAGCUCGUACUGGACAAUGCCGGGCUCAAGACGGACUUUGCCCAGAAGCUGGCCGGAGUGUUUGGGGAGAACGGAGGCUGCGUGCUCCACUCUCUCACGCUGUCCCACAACCCCAUCGAUGACAAGGGCCUCUUCAGCCUGAGCCAGCAACUGCUCUGCUUCCCCCCGGGCCUCACCAAACUGUGCCUGGCCAAGACCGCCAUCUCCCCACGAGGACUCCUGGCUCUGGGCCAGACUUUUGGGGCCAACCCAGCAUUUGCCAGCUCCCUCCGCCACCUGGAUCUGAGCAAAAACCCGGGGCUGCUGGCCACCGACGAAGCCAAUGCCUUGUACAGUUUUCUGGCUCAGCCCAACGCCCUGGCACACAUAGACUUGGCUGGCACCGACUGCUCCAUCGACCUGCUGCUGGGAGCCCUGCUGCACGGCUGCUGCUCACACCUCACCUACCUCAAUCUGGCCCGCAAUAGCUGUUCCCACAGGAAGGGCCGGGAGGCCCCGCCAGCCUUCAAACAGUUCUUCAGCAGCGCUUACACCCUGAAUCACGUCAACCUUGCGGCCACCCGCCUGCCUCUGGAGGCCCUGAGGGCCCUCCUGCAGGGUCUCUCCCUCAAUACCCACCUCAGCGACCUGCAUCUGGACCUCAGCAGCUGCGAGCUUCGCUCGGCGGGAGCGCAGAUCCUGCAGGAGCAGCUGGGAGCCGUCAGCGCCGUGGGCAGCCUCGACCUGUCGGACAACGGCUUUGACUCUGAUCUCCUGACCCUGGUGCCUGCGCUGGGCAAGAACAAAGCCCUCAAGCACCUGUUCUUGGGCAAGAACUUCAACGUCAAAGCUAAGACCCUGGAGGAAAUCCUACAGAAACUGGUGCAGCUGAUCCAGGAGGAGGACUGUUCUCUGCAGUCGCUGUCGGUGGCGGACUCGCGGCUGAAGUUGCGCACCAGCAUCCUCGUCAACGCCCUGGGCAGCAACACGUGCCUGGCCAAGGUGGACCUCAGCGGGAACGGCAUGGAGGACAUCGGGGCCAAGAUGCUGUCCAAGGCUCUGCAGAUCAACUCCUCCCUAAGGACCAUCCUGUGGGACCGCAACAACACAUCCGCUCUGGGCUUCCUGGACAUCGCCCGGGCUCUGGAAAGUAACCACACACUACGCUUCAUGUCCUUCCCGGUGAGUGACAUCUCGCAGGCGUAUCGCAGUGCCCCGGAGCGCACCGAGGACGUCUGGCAGAAGAUUCAAUGGUGCCUGGUCCGGAAUAACCACUCUCAGACGUGCCCCCAGGAGCAGGCCUUCCGCCUGCAGCAUGGCCUUGUCACCAGCAGCGCCGAGCAAAUGCUGCAGAGGCUGUGCGGGCGGGUACAGGAGGAGGUGCGUGCCCUGCGGCGAUGCCCGCUGGAGCCCGUGCAGGAUGAGCUGCUCUACGUGCGGGAUCUCAUCAAGGACGCCAAGAACUCUCGUGCGCUGUUCCCCAGCCUCUACGAGCUGGGCCACGUCCUGGCCAGCGACGGGCCCGUCCGGCAGAGACUCGAGUCGGUGGCCAGUGAGGUGUCCAAGGCCGUGGACAAGGAGCUGCAGGUGAUCCUGGAGUCGAUGGUCAGCCUGACCCAGGAGCUGUGCCCGGUGGCCAUGCGGGUGGCCGAGGGACACAACAAAACCCUGAGCAACGUGGCCGAGCGCGUCACCGUCCCGCGGAACUUCAUCCGCAGCGUCCUGUUGGAGCAGGCCGGCCAGGACAUCCAGAACAAACUGGACGAGGUGAAACUUUCGGUCGUCACUUACCUGACCAAUUCCAUCGUGGACGAGAUCCUGCAGGAGCUGUACCACUCCCACAAGAGCCUGGCCCGCCACCUGGCCCAGCUGAGGGCACUGUCGGAACCCCCGGGCAGUGGGGGUCCCGGACAGCAGCUUUCUCCCCGAGGCCGGGACCACGAGGAGACCACCGACGACGAGCUCGGGACCAGCAUCGACACCAUGGCCAUCAAGAAGCAGAAACACUGUCGCAGGAUCCGGCCCGUGUCAGCCUUCAUCAGCGGAAGCCCACAGGAUGCAGAGGGGCGUCCGGGGGGUGCGGGAGUGCCCCCCGCCUGGUUCCCCGCCCCGGGUGUGGGCCCGCCCGGCCCUCCCGGCUCCUGGGAGGGUCUGAUGGACCUGCCCACCCAUGGCCACAAGCUGCUGCACCAGACCGCCGGGCGACCCCGGCCCCCCAGGACCACCGCCCCAGGCCCAAGCCGGCCCAUGAUGCCCGGGCCUGGGGCACGGCAGGAGAACGGGAUGGCCACGAGGCUGGACGAGGGGCUGGACGAUUUCUUCAGCCGCAAGGUCAUGGCCGAGAGUGCCAGCUGCCCCUGGACUCUGCGGACCAUGCGCCCCGGGCCCCCCGAACCCCCGCUGCAGAAGAAGAGGCGACGAGGCCUGUUCCUCUUCCGCCGGCCCCGGAGCUUCAAGGGGGAGCGGGGCCCGGGGUCCCCCACCCCCGGGAUGCUCCCACCCCCGCCCCCGCCCCCGCCUCGGGAAAGCCCCCCGACCCCAGACCCGCCGAGCCCCGAGGGCAGCGUAGUCACUCCGUGCAGGACCCCCGAGGAGGAGUACGGCGGACCCCUCCCCGGGCUGGUGGGGGCCCGGGGGUUCUCCUUCCGCAGGAAGCUGGGCCCGGAGGGGGCAGAGCCGUCGGGGUCGUCGUUGUUGGGGUCGUCCUCGGGCUCCGAGGUGGCGUGGUCGCUGCAGGCUCCGCGGCUCCAGGGCAUCGCCCUCCCGGGCCUGGGCCUGGGCCUGGGCCUGGGCCGGGCCAAGGGCUGGGCCAUCGACGGGAGGCGGCAGGGUGCGGACCACCCGCCCCCCGACGGCAGCACCCAGCCCUGCCAGAGGCGGCGCUCUUCGGAGGACGCAGGCCCGGGGUCGUGGAAGCCCCCGCCACCUCCUCAGAGCAGCAAGCCCACUUACAGCAACACCAUGCGGAGAGCCGAGGCCAAGUGGCACAUAGCUGAAGAGAGCACCCCAAGUAUUAGCCAGAGCCCCAGCCCGGCCCUGCGGGAUGAGGAGGAGGAGGAAGAGGAGGAGGAAGAGGAGGGAAGGUCACUCCCCCUCCCGCCCCCGCCCCCGCCCCCCGAGAGGGAGUUGCCAGCUAGGAACAGCAAGGACCCCGCCGCAGCCCCCCGCCCAGCGCAGCGUGUGGCGGUGCCCCGGAGCCGCGGGGAGGAGGAGGAAGAAGAGGAGGAGGAGGAGGAGGAGGAGGAGGAGGAGGAGGGCGAGCCGGGGGUCCCAGCCCCCCUCGGGCCCAGGCCUCGCCCUCCACCCGCAGGUCUCCCGGACCCGGGAGGCCGGGUGGCCCCCCUCAAACCCAGGCGCACGCGGAGAGCCCAGGCCGGCCACAGGGCAGACCACCACCACCACCACCACCACCACCACCACAGCCGGACCCCCGACCCCCAACACACAGGGAGCGGUGAGGCGGGACUGGACUGACCUCGGCCCUCCGUCCGGCCAUCAGGCCACCUUGGCCACCAGGCCACCAGGCCACCUUGGCCACCAGGCCUUCGGCCUCUCCAACCUCCCGCCAUGUGCCUCUCCUCGCCACCCCCUGCCCCGAGCCUCCUCCCUGCCCUUACCCUCCCCCUG